AGGUGGCAUGCAGGUGAAAUUCCAAUUCACUCAAGUCUAUCAAGAGCUCAUGCGUUCGUUGAGUUGUCAUCUGAAUCCAUAAAUAAACAAUUUACAUCCCUGUAUAAACACUUGCAUGUGGCAAUUUUUAUUUCCUGUAUGGAUGGGCUCUUACAUAUUUUUUUAAUGGAUAAGGAUGACUGUACUCCGUGGUGUGAACAUAUCGAUUGGAUUAUGGUUCGACAUAUUUCUGAGAACUUUUCUGGCAGUAUUAUUUGUGGUGCUAGAAACAGCCGAACCCUUCGUCAGGAAAAUUCAUGACAAUGAAGUAUGGCUUUACAGAAAUCCAAAGACGGACUCUUAUGUUCCAACUACAUUCCUCUGGCCCCUAGUAUUUAUUACCCCCUUCGUAGUUAUCGCCCUGUCAUUUUUGAAGAGUGGAGAUAAAUCAGAUCUCCAUCAAGGCUCCCUAGCAGUCUCAUUAGCACUAGGUCUUAAUGGAGUCAUCACUGAUAUGAUAAAGCUCAUUGUUGGAAGACCAAGGCCAGACUUUUUCUGGCGUUGCUUCCCCGACGGCCAAGGCAACAGCGAAUUUCUGUGCAACGGGAAUCCAGCUGAAAUAAGAGAUGGAAGGAAAUCAUUCCCAAGUGGACAUUCUUCAUUUGCCUUCGCAAGCUUGGGCUUCAUAGCUUUAUACCUAGCAGGGAAAUUCAAGACAUUCGGAACUGCAGGCAAAAGCCAUUCAUGGAAGUUAUGCGCAUUCAUCCUCCCGCUAGCAUUUGCCCUGGCUAUCGCACUGAGUCGUACCUGUGAUUACCACCACCAUUGGCAAGAUGUUGCAGUGGGUUCAUUCCUUGGAUUCCUCAUCACAUAUCUCAGUUAUAGACAUUACUAUCCUCCAUUAGACUGUCACAUGUGCCAUAGACCUUAUUCAAUACUGCUGAGCCAGGGCGAGCCUGAAGUAGCCAAACAAAAACGUGAUGGAGAUGUCAAGUGGAUAUAAGAGCAACCUCAUAAUUUUUAAGACUGACUCUUUCCCAUCCAUUUCUAAUUUCCGAAGAAAAUAAUACUGUAAAUGGUUUCUGUA